AUCAAUACAAAUAAACGAAACUUCCCAUUGACGAGCAUUUCCCCCUCCACAGAAACCCUAAACCCCUUAGACGCCAUUUUUUUGGGUGCUCUCUCCGUGGAAAGCUUCAAUGGCUACAGUACCAGUGAAUCCCAAGCCUUUCCUGAACAACUUGACUGGAAAGCCCGUCAUGGUGAAACUGAAGUGGGGAAUGGAGUACAAAGGAUUUCUGGUCUCUGUGGAUUCAUAUAUGAACUUGCAGCUGGCAAAUGCAGAAGAAUACAUUGAUGGACAAAGCACUGGAACACUUGGAGAAAUCCUCAUCAGAUGUAACAAUGUCCUCUACCUUCGUGGGGUACCUGAGGAUGAAGAGGUGGAAGAUGCUGCCGAGUAGAACUAGGAAGUCCACUGCGUUGCUGUAGUCAUCAUCUGGAGAGGCAACCCGAGUACAAGCUCAUGUCAAACAAUGCUUCAGCCUAUCCUCAGAAUUGCAUCAUGUAUUGGGAUAUUAACCACCUUGUGUGUAAUUACUUAAUGACACUAAGCAUUUUUAAGGCUGCCUUUUGCUGUAAAAGAUUGUCGGAUUAUUUCUUUCAGGGAUGGAUGGAUGAUUAAGGUGCCAACAUAUCCCAGUUAUGCUGCAGAAGUUCAUGUGAAGUAUUCUGAUUUUAAUGCCAAAUUUCAAUUUGCAUUUUUCAA